CUGUGAAGAAGCAAGAUGACCGUUAAACGCGCGGGAAAGGGCGACCGUGUGUUGCGGAUCUCGAAAAUGUCACCCGUUCCAGCUCACGGAUUGAUUACCGAGAAUGUUUUAGUGCCGAUAGCGAAGACCAUUUUCACAAAGAAACCCGGAACUGCUCGUUCAAAUCUCUCCCAACGAAGAACGGAAGUUAUCAAACCACGAAAACCCAGCGACAACUUUAUGGUACCGCUUUUGAAACGACCCUCUCAUCUCCCAGCGAAGAGAUACACGAGCACGGUUCUGCGCUCCGAACAGGUGUUCCUUAUUUCCAUACUAAUUAAAAUACGCCGGUCGAUGUGUUUUCAGAAUCACGGUAACGCGAAUUGCCGCGAGAAGAAGACAAUCUCAAAGAAGAAGCAGUUUCGUUCGAUCGAUAAAAGCUCGACUUUCCCUGCGUUUGGUCGUUUCGAACAUACUUCGCUAGAUAAGAAAAAAUCAAUGCUACCGUUUCCCUCCACGAUUUACGAUUUACCUGCCGCCACAUUCGAGAAGCGUGAAAAAAUCGUUUCAACGAGUAAAUAUCCAACCGAGGCCAAUAAAUGGAACGGAAGUCAUCGGAUACGCGAAGAAGAAACAAGGACUGUCGGUCACGUGGUAUCGGAAGUUUCAAACGACGACAAUACCUGCGAGAGCGUCAGCGACAACGUCGCCUUUCAAUCGUUGAGCGAUUUACGAGAGAUCGAUUGGUUCUCCGCGGAUACGUUAAAGACGAUAUUCGAUAAAGAGAUGCAAAUGAUGGAGAUUAAUACUUCGAAUGUACCGAUUACGCUAACCGUCGCAGCGGCAUCGACGGCAACGAUAAAAACCAAUAUCUAUCCUUGUAAAGAACAACUAACUGGCCCGUAUCAUAACUUCGCAUCGACGAAUACCGAUAACGCAGCGAAGAAAACAUUGUCGAACAUCAUUCCCCACAGUAAAGAAUCGCAAUUUCCCGCCAAAUGGAACGCGAUGAAUGCUUCUAAUCUACAUACAGAUCAAUUUCUCGAGACGAAUAAAACACCAGGUAUAUUGGGAGAUACGUGUAAGGAGAUUUUGAAAUAUACGGAUCGGUCGCGUCUGUCCUCUCUCGCAGAGAAUAAUGAUAAAUUAAAAAAUGAGCACCCUUGCAGGAUAAAGUAUUCGUGGCAAGUACUAGGUAGAGGCGCGCAGACAUCGCGCACGCUUUUGGAAAGUUUAACUAAGGAAAAUAAUCAGGAAGAAUCGGUUCACGACUGUUGCAUUAAAUAUUCUUGGCAGAUCAUUGGGACUGCCACGCAAACAUCUAAGACAGAUUCAACUGCUAAGGAUUGCAGGUCCGCUCUUUCAGUCUUAUCGCCGAGAGCUAACGCGAAUCGUGGCAAUACCACAGGAACAAAUAACGCGUUACCAGUUACUGUUUGUCGUAACGGCAAAAAGUUCUUUAUACUAAAUAACCAAUGCACGCAAACCUCUGCUCAUAAGGAGAAUCAAACUAAUUUGGCUGAAAUUCAUGGAAAUCAUUAGAUUGGUUUGUAAUUUU